AUGAUAGCUUGCUCUGAUGAUGUUGAUCACAUGACGGACCUUUUCAAUGGAAUCGAAGGAGGUUGCCUCGGCAACAGCGUCAGCAUGAAUGUUCCAGUAAAGCCAAUCGACAGCUGGUCAAGAGGAAUCGGCCGUCGUCUUCCUUCGGCCAGUAAAGCCAAUCGACAGCUGGUCAAGAGGAAUUCGCCGUCGUCUUCUGGUGGAACCGACCUUCGAAUCCUCGCGUCAGCAUGA